AUGUCGGAGGAAGCUGAUUUCGAAAUCGACUUUUACGGGGAUGAGGGCAACGAUCAGCAGGAUCAAGGCCAGAAACAGUCAGAAAACCAAACCAAGACGCCGUCAGAACAUAAAGGCAACCACCAUAGCCCUGACCAUAGUCAUGACGAUCACAACGGCGGCACCCACGCCGGAGACGACGCGAUGGAAGACGAGAAUGGCCAAACCUACGACGACCAAACCUCACAGCAAGGGACGAAGCGCAAGCAAGAUGACGACGGCAAGCCAGUCGACUCGGGAGCCACGACUGCGAUAAUGAUUUCUGAAAUGAACUGGUGGACUACUGACGACGAUAUUCGAGGAUGGUCGCGCGCCGCUGACGCCGAAAAAGACAUUAAGGAUAUCACCUUUAGCGAGCACAAGAUCAAUGGCAAGAGCAAAGGACAAGCAUUCGUCGAAUUCAACUCACGCCAGGCAGCGACUGCAACCAAGCACCACUUGGACAAGCUCAGCGCUGAGGAAUCGCAAGGCGCGCACAAGAAACUUACCGUCAUGUACUGGAACGCCAGUCAGAAUCCUUUCAAGACACUACCAAAAGAUGCGCCCGCUAGAGGUAAGGACCUGCAGUCGAGAGGACCAACCGGCGCAUACAACAGCGAUCGCGGAGGGUACAACAGCAAUUUUCGCGGUCGCGGUACCUUUAACAACCGCGGCAACAUGGGCCAGAACAACUACAACCGCAACUAUAACAACAACAGCAACAUGGGCUACAACAGCAACAUAGGCGGCGGUGGCUACAACAGUAACCCUAUGGGGCCCGGCAACUUCAACAACUUCAACAACCGUGCCGGCAUGAUGGGCGGUAUGCGCGGCGGUAUGCGUGGUGGUCGCGGCGGCAACAUGAUGGGCAUGAAUCCCGGUAUGAAUGGCAUGAAUCCAAUGGGGAUGCCGAUGGGCAUGAUGGGCGGCGGUAUGGGGAAUAUGGGGAACAUGGGAAUGGGAAUGAUGAAUCCCGGCAUGCAAGGUAUGAACAAUCAGUCUUCCGGCUCCUCCAACCACAGAAACGAGGCACUUUACGCGCGUCUCGUCGCACAGCAAAACACCCUAAAUCAGAUUUGGCGCGGUCAAGCGGCCAGCAUAAAUACCCACUCGACAGCCUCGGGUCCGGGCACAGUGCACACUUCUAUCCCCGCGUAUGACGGAGCAACAGCGCCGUCCCAACAGCGGGGAUAUAGACAAUCAAGCCAUCGACCACAACACUCACGCUCAACUCACAACUCGUAUCAAUCAAGGAUCAGCUCCGCUAACAGCUCGAAUCAAGGCAUGAACCCAGGCUUCAACCCUGGCAACUUCAACUUUGGACAAAACCAGGGCGGUGGUGGAGGUGGCGGCGACUGGGGCAACCCUCACGGCGCCAAGCGACCGCGGCCCGAGUAG